AUGGCACCAUACACUGAUAUUCCAGUUCAGAAAAGACUUUUAUCAAACAAUGAGAAAGCAAGAACCAUUUUCUCUUAUCUAAAUAAGUAUCCAGGAAUGUAUGGUGCUGCCUAUCAACCAAAUGUUACAGGUGGUGAUUAUAACUACAUCACAGGCUUCGGAAUCGGUGAUCUUGCAAUGGCCAGAAUUCAAGAGUAUGGUUUUUUCACUCCAUACGGUGCUUUCCCUGUAUUGCUCGCCAAUCACAGUGUUGGUUUGACAUGGUACCAUAAUAUGUUGAUGGCACCAGGCAUGCAAGGCCCUUACGGAACAACAGAAUCUGGAUCCUCCAACGGUACAAUGAUUGCUCCUCUUCUCUCAUGGGAUACCAAAGUUACAGGUGUUGUCGCUAUUCUUGGUGGAAUUGGGGAUAUUGUUAGAGCAGCAUUGAAACAAGAUAACAAAUACAAUGAUUUUUACCAAGCUAUAAACACUACCUACUCUAAAUAUUUCCCAAGCUUUGUAGGUGAAGACAUACCAUUCCAAGUACCCAAUGUAGAGGUUCCAAUUAAGCUGAAUGAAUUUACGCUAUGUGAUGACUAUGUUCCACCAACUCCGACUCCAACAGAUUCAUUAAACUCUGCAUCUUUAACUUUGACCUCAUCACUAACAAUAAUAAUGAUGAUUUCUGUCUUAUUAUUACUUUCAAUUGUGUAA